UGCGCGUGGCGGCACAUGGACCUCCUCGUCUGCGUGAAAGAGGCGAGAGGCCUCCGCAACACGCAGCUCUUUGGCACGCAGGAUCCGUACUGCACGAUCAAGAUCUCGGGCCACAAGGUCAAGACCAAGGUGCACGCCAAAGGCGGCGUCGAGCCGCGCUUCGCUGCGACGUUCCACAUCCCGAGCGUCGAUGUGAACGAUCCGUUCCAGAUCGAGAUCAAGAACCACUCGAUGCUGCGCAAGGCCCACAUUGGCAUCUACCGGGCGCCAUUGCACGAGGCCAUAGCUGCGUCCUUGGGCGCCGAGCACUGGUUUAAACUCGAUCACCGAACCAAGCACCCGUCGCCUGGCGGCGAGGUGUGUCUCCGCCUCGAGCUGCGCGCUAGCUCCCUCGCGUCACCCGAGCCGCCUGUGAACGGCCACUUUGAGUUUCCGCGGCCGCACGAAAGCCGCGAGUACAAGUCGUCGACGUACAAAGAAAAUGUCGCGCAAUCGGCGCCGCCGCAGACGCGAUUCCAACUGCAGUCCAACAACAACGCAGGGCGGUCCCCGUCGGACCGCAAGAACGUUUCUGCCCCCGCGUUCAUUCGGCAAGAGCGCCACUCGGUCCCGCCCGAACUCGCGGUCAAGGCCGACUCGUUGCCCGCCAAGUCCCAACAACCGCAGCACCAGGCGCCAUCCCAACCUCCUCCGUACCCGUCGGCAACGAUCCCACGAAUGCCACCACGAAGCACGCCAUCACGGACGAGCUCUAGCAGCAAUUACAGCAGUGGUCGCGACAGUUGGGCGCGCCAAGCAUCGGGCGAGAGCUCGACCGACGAGCCGUCCACCGUGCGCCCGCCAUUGUUCACGAUUCCAAACCCGGACGGUGACGGACGCAUCGUGUACAUGGGAUCGAACGGUCCGCCUGGCAGCUUCCGGGGCAUGUCCCCAAUCACGCCCGACGCCGCCAUGGUGGACUUUGCUAGCAACCAGGUGCGCCCCGUCACAACAUCGAUGGACGAGAUCGACUGGGCUGGGUACGAGGAGCUCCAAGCGUACCGUCACUUGUACAUCUACCCGUCCAUGGUCAAGAUCAUCCGGUCGCUCCAGAGUGACUACAUGAAGACCGAGCUCGCGCACUACGGCGGCACGCUCGCGAUGGUCAAGAGCCUCAAGUUUCCGGAUGAAAAAGAUGCGCUCGUCAAGGAGAUCAUCUCGCUGAGCAAGGUCGACUGCCCUAAAGUGCUUCGCUUCAUGGGGUUUUACAUCUCGCCCACCGCGGGCCUUUGCUGCGUCACGGAGAACCUCGCGGGCAACCCGCCCGACUUGCGCGCGCUUCUGAACCGCCCCAAGCCGGGUCUCACGUGGCAGGACAAGCUGCGCAUCGCGACCGAGGUGGCCGAGGCGCUGGUGUACAUGCACGCACAAAAGCCGAUCAUGAUCCAUCGCAACAUCAAAGCGGCGUCUGUGAUCCUCGGGCGGCGCCGCGAAGCCGUGCUCAGUGGCUUUGGCUGCUGCCGCGACCGCAGCUACGAUCAAACCAUGACAUCGGGCGUCGGCGACGUGCAGUGGUCCGCGCCCGAGAUGCUCAUGGACGGCGACUACGCCGAGCGCGUCGACGUCUACUCAUUUGGCGUCCUCCUCGUCGAGCUCGAUACGCACGAGAUUCCGUUCUUAAAGGAGAGCGAGACAUACUCGCGCAGCGACUUUAUCGGGAUGCUCGUCACCGGCCGGCUCCGCCAUCGGCCGUCGGCGUCGUGCCCCGCACCAAUCCGAGACAUCGUCGCGCUCUGUAUCCAGCACGACCCUGGUCUUCGCCCCGACAUGCGCCAAGUGCUCGGUCGGCUGCAAGCCGUGUCCCUUUAAGUUAACAAAUACGAAUACGUUGUGUA